GGUGACGGAGUUUGGAGCCCAGUUUGAUCACAUGAACCUAGAGCAGCAGCAGCUGGUUCUGAAGGAGCUGGUCGUCCCCUUCCUGUCUCGACCCACAUCAGUUGGCUGUGUGUCCAACUCUAACAGCAGUGUGGACUGGCUGCAGAAGUACCUGGGGCGGUUUUCAGUCCUGGUGUCCCUCAGCGACCUGUUGAAACUCAACACAGACUUCUCUCCAUCGUCAGCCCUGGAGGUUCUCUCUCCAAAGCAGACUGCAGAGCUGGUGGUGUUGCCUCUUCCUGGUCUUUCAGGGAAAGAUGUCAUCAUCAACACAGUGUUUGACUUCCUGUCUAAGUCACCAAAGGAGAGGAGACUCCCUGAGUUCCUGCAACAACUUGUCAGCCUGACCAAACAGGAAAAUAUCCCUUGUGCCUCCUACAAGAUCAUUUUCGCCAGACUGGACCAGGCCGUACCCACUGUUACCAUGGAGAUAGAGUCCGCCCUCACCUCCAGCAAGACGGCUUUACUACAGACCCUCCCAUCAGGUUGCAUUGUAUACAGUGGAGAGUGCAAUGUCACCCCAGUUAAUGAGACAAAAGUUUGUGCUGGUGUCAACAGCACUGCUCUACAGGGUCGCCUUGACAACGGGCAGAUCAGCGGAGUCCUCUGUGAUUUCGGAGUCGAUGUUUACGCUUGUGGCUCGCUGUCUAUGUUGACAUCGGAAAACUUGGUGAGCCUGUUGAAGUGUAAGCUGUCUGGUAACACCAGCCACUCAGCACAGACCUGGAAACUGUUCUUCUCUAAGGUCUCAGGGGUCCUGAACUCAGCCCUGGAUCUCUUCUCCAACACCACACUAGACCCCAGCUCUGCAGCAGUGUCCCAGGCCCUGGAUGCUAUAAGAGAGGUCAGGCUGGACAGCUUCAGCCUGGCGAGUCUCAGAGAUGAGAAAAUCAUCAACCUCUGGUUCAACGCCAGACUGCGUCCCUUCCUACCUGCCGUCUCCACUGACUUCCUGUCCUGCCUCGGCACCAAGAACUUCAGCUGCUCCACCUACCAGACCACCGUUCAGGUCCUGAGCAGACACCACUCAGCCAUGGACCAGUCCAGACAGAUAUCAGUCUACACUACCUUCAUAGAGGUCUUUCUUUCCAGGAACAACACAGCAGACCCCAGCUGUAGCUCUGACACCCUGAACAGUGGAGACUGGCUGCUGAAGAACUUCAGAGGAUUCUCUGCCUUCGCCUCCUUCAAGGACAUGCAGAGACUACUGGCCACCUUCUCCGUGACUGAGGCCCUGCCCCAGCUCACAGUGAGACAGUUGGCAGAGGUGUCCUCUAGUCCAGACCAGCUCAGCUCUGCUGCAGACGUCACCAUGCUGAUGAACUACGUACCCAACAUCCUCUUCACUGACUUCUUCAAUGACUUCUCCCUGGCCAUCACCGGUCAAGAGUCUAGGUUCCCGGUGGUGGUGCGUUCAGCCAUGCUCCAGCAGGUGUUUGAACGCGGGAACCUAUCAGACCGCUCUGUUAGCGACCAGGAAGUACUCACCUGGCUUCAGAGCAGGCUCCGCCCACUGCUGAUCAACCUGUCCCCGCUCCACGUCGCCCCCCUCUUCAGUGUGGUCGCACAGAGGAACUGCAACAUUGGACAGCAGCUGGUGGAGGUGCUGAACGCCACCCUCCCUACACUUCAGGACAACACACAGAGAAACGUUUACGAUCAAAUCAGCCUCUCGCUCCAAGGCUCAUCCCCACUCCGUUGCUAUGGUGCAAACUACAACCACAGUUUCUAUGGUUACCUGGAGAGUUCCUUCCUGGGUUUCGGCUUCCCCAACCUGACCACCUUCCUCUCCCUCAUACCCCAUAGCCAGAUGGAACAGCUGGUGAACUCUCUGCCUGUCUCUGACCUGGGGCGUUUCCUGCGCCGCCCCAACGUUGUCGACGACGACACUAAACUCUGCCAGCUCUACAGCAGCUACGCCAAGACCCCACUGUUCCUGGGGACUGAGAAUAUCCCUGAGUCAGUGAGGCGUCCCACACUGCCGUGUGUCUGGCCCCAGGCUCUCAGCAGCAGUCAGAGGUCAGAGGUCAACGCCUGGUUUGACCUGAGGCUGAAGAACUACCUGCCCUUCCUCACCAGGAGCCUGGUGACCUCCGCCGCUGUCCAGACCGCCCCUUGUCUGGCCUUCCAGAAACUCGUCUCAAUUCUGGGGAGUUAUAACUACAGCCAUGCAGACUUUGUGGAGAGAGAUGUGUACAGGGAGACCAUCAGGACGUAUCUCACCUCAGCGUCGGCUCCUAAGUGUUACAACGCCAGUGAUCCAGAGCUCAACUCAACUGCCUGGUUUGCUGAGAACAUUGGACUCUUCGUCACUUAUCUCACCUUGGAAGACCUCAACACCUUCGGAUCAGCGCAGGUGUUGCAGGUGUUCACAGUGAACCUGGUGAACAUAGGUUUGCUGAACUCUACUAGCCUGCCCCAGAACCUCACUGACUACUACACAUCACUGGUCUACCUACAGGACAGCAACUUCAACCCUCUGUUUCUUCCUCUGUUGUUUCGAUGUGUGGCUCCAGGGCCAGCCUUCAGACAGCUGGACGCUGAGCAGAGCAUGAUCCUUCUACACAACCUGACUACACUGUGUAGAGACUUGGACCCACAGGUGUCUGCAGCUCUAGCAGCUAACAUGGGAGACAACAUAAACAGCAACACCAUCGCUGCCCUCGGCAGAGAGAGUACAGGUCUGUCUGAGGGUCAGAUCACCAUGGCACCCGCCAGCGUUCUGUGGGCUUCCUUCAGCAUUCUGAGCACUGUGAUUGGCUGGAACCAGGGCCAGGCCAUGGCCAUCAUCCAAUCACUGAUGUUGUCAGGAGCCGUGAAGAUCAACAGCGCAUCCACCUUGACAGCGCUGGGUUCCCUGGUGACCGGUGUUCCCUCGGCAACCUUAGGCAGCAUCAACGGCACGGAACUCCUCUACGCGUCCCAGGAUCCCACAUUCAUAACAUACAUGCAGACCGCCCCGACGAUCUUAAUCCAGACUUUCGUCACUCAGUUGAUCACAGUGAACCCAAACCCAGACAGUAUUCUCCAGAACGUCCCAGACAGCAUGUCUACUGAGAUCCCCAGGUCCCUGCUGCAGGGCUUCUCUCAGAGCAGUGUGGUGGUGGAGAAACUGAACCAGAAGACAUGGAGACACGAACAGGCUGUGUUGUUCUUUGACACAGUGGCUCUAGGAAUUGACAACUCUGACAAUAUGUCAUCCAGUGUGCUCCAGGGCUUCACCUGCACCAGAGUGGCCAGUAUGACCACAACCAAGAUCAAGAAACUGGUCAAGGCCUGCAGGAGGAAGGGCAAGAACAGGGUCGCACUGAGAGAGACUCAGUUGACCUGCAUGUACAACUACAUCCAGGAAGAGUCAGAUGUCACCAGCUACAACCUGUACCCUCCUGACAUGCUGCUUUACUACGACUACAGUAAGGUUCCUCGGGACAGCUGUAAGGACUACUUCAGUGAGCUGGGAGACGCAGACUUCUCUGUGUUCUCCGACGCGCUCAGUUUCAAACGCACAGCCCUGGUUAACAAUGUCAAGACCUGCCUGGGUAUCAGCGGCACGGUUCUGAGCAGUGACAACCUGCAGGUCCUAGGUAACAUGGUGUGCGUUCUGGACGGUUCCUACAUCCAGAACUCUGACCAGCUCAUCCUGCAGAAACUACAAAACUGUAAUGACCUCACUGACGAACAGGUGGCUGCCAUAGAAACGCUGUUGACGUCUGGGAAAACACAGUACGGACUCCCAGCUACCUGGAACAGAGAGACCCUGGACAACCUGGGCGUUCUUCCUCUCUACCUGACAUCCUCCUUCUACAAGAACUUCUCUAAGAAAGUAAAGGGCCAGUUCCAACAGUCGUUCCUGAAGCUGCUGAGGAAGAGCAACACGUCCAGACAGAAGAAGAGGAGGAUGAAGACGGCUAUCAGACAGUCCAUCAUCGACCAAUCACAGUCCAAACGCUCCAUAGUGAGUGACUGCACAGUGGGAAAUAUCACGCAGGUCACUAUCAGUGAGACUUCGUUCCCCUUCGACUACGAGACCGUGACCAAGUUCAACUGCUGCCUAACGGCCAAGACAGUCGUUGACAACCUGGACGCCAUCACCGCCAAGGUGGACGACCUGGAAUACCUUGAAGUGGUCCUGGCGAAACUCAGAGAGGCCUACUCCGCAUACUCCACCAUCCCAGAAGCGAAGGUGCAGGUUCUUGGGCCGGCUUCGCGCGUUGCCACUAACGCUGACAUCACCAUGUGGAACAUCACCAAGAUCGACACACUGUCAGCUCUGAUGGACUCCUCCAAUGGAAACUGGGAUGCUGCCAUGGCGCAGGCCAUCAUCAGUAAGUACCUGAGGAACUCAGAAAAUACUCUGGGCAGUGCAGAGCUCAACUCCAUCGGAGGACCCAACCUGUGUUCACUAGACAUCAGCCUCCUGAAGACCAUUACACAGAGUAGCCUGAGGUAAGACCGAGAGGAGGACCCAACCUGUGU